GGUGUGUCUUGCAGGUUCUGGAUGAGUUGCUGAAAGCCAGCUUGACACCAGACAAAGGGCAAGUAUAGGAGAUGGAGGAAAAAAAGCCAAGAAAGAAACUGUUUGCUGGCAUGAAACUGAAGAAGAAGAAGAAAGGCGAGAAAGGGUUGACUAUUGCAAACAAAGAUGCACUGUGUGAUCAUGAUGAAAGUGCAAAUCUCCACCAUGACACUCUUGGAAGACAAGAAGAGGGAGAGGGAGACCUAAUGAACAAUGAUGCACUGUCCAAUGUUUUUGGAUCCUUAAGCCCAAAGAGGAAAAGGGCAAAGCUGGUGACUAGAAUUCAUGAAGAGGAGAUGAAAUCUCAGAACUACCAGAUUGCCAUCACCAUCAUCGAGGCCAGGCAGCUGGUUGGUGAGAACAUUGACCCCGUGGUGAUCAUUGAGAUAGGAGAUGAGAAGAAGCAAACAACAGUCAAGGAAGGCACAAAUGCCCCUUUCUACAAUGAGUACUUUGUGUUUGAUUUCAUCGGACCGCAGGUGUUCCUGUUUGACAAAAUAAUCAACAUCUCUGUUAUGCACAAUAAACUGAUUGGCAGUGUGCUGAUAGGUUCCUUUAAAGUAGAUCUGGGGACAGUGUAUGGUCAGCCAGGUCAUCAGUUUUGUGACAAGUGGGCACUUCUCACAGACCCUGCUGACAUUAGGACAGGAGCCAAGGGAUACCUGAAGUGUGAUAUCAGUGUGACUGGGAAAGGUGAUGCAAUACAAGCUACACAGAAAACAGCUGAUACUGAGGAGCAGAUUGAAAAGAACCUUUUGAUCCCCAAAGGCUUUCCAUCUGAAAGACCAUGGGCCAGGUUCUACGUAAGAAUUUAUAAAGCCGAAGGACUUCCAAAGAUGAACUCUAGCAUCAUGGCCAAUGUCACCAAAGCAUUCAUAGGUGACAGUAAGGACCUUGUGGAUCCCUAUGUGGUGGUUAUGUUUGCAGGUCAAAUGGGUCGGACAACAGUGCAGAAGAGCUGUGCAGAUCCAGUAUGGCAUGAACAGAUUAUCUUCAAGGAAAUGUUUCCUCCACUGUGCCGAAGAGUCAAAAUCCAAGUCUGGGAUGAAGGCAGCAUGAAUGAUGUGGCCUUAGCCACCCACUUCAUUGACUUGAAGAAAAUAUCAAAUGAACAAGAUGGUGACAAAGGGUUUUUGCCUACCUUUGGGCCUGCUUGGAUCAAUCUUUAUGGCUCACCCAGGAAUCACAGCCUCAUGGAUGACCACCAGGAGCUUAAUGAAGGUUUUGGAGAAGGAGUCUCCUUCAGGGGACGUCUCUUCAUUGAGAUUGCUGUGGAGAUACUUUCAGGAGGAGCUCGCGAGUCAAAGUUUUCAAGUUUUAUCAAGGAUAUAAAAUUGCCAUCUAAAGAUAAAGAUUUCAAAGCACUCAAAGGAAAAGACAAAACUGAGAAAGCAGGAGAGGAUCGAAAAUCAGUUUCUCCUUCAGAUAAGAUGAACUCAACUGAAGUGGAAGUUGAGCCAUUCGAUGUGCCUUCAGAGAUCUAUGAAGAGAAAUUUGAGGAUUUCCUCCUCUUUGGGACAUUUUUUGAAGCCACAAUGAUUGAUAGGAGGAUUGGGGACAAGCCAAUAACCUUUGAGGUUUCCGUUGGUAACUUUGGAAAUAUUACUGAUGGGGUGUCAGCGGGAGCUGGAAGGAAAAAGAAGACACAUGUUGGAGAAGCAGAAGAAAGCUUGCUGCAUGAGGAGGAGGAUGAAAUUUCUCAUGAUCUUGGAAUACCCCUGAUAUCCACCACACCGCCCAAGAAGCCACUGAUCACACGUGGGAACAGGAACUACCAGUACCUGCCGUAUGAUGAGAGGAAGCCCUGUAUCUGUGUCAAGAGCUACUGGGGUGACCAGACCUUUCGUCUGUACUCUUCCAACACUCUUGAAAAAAUGGCUGAUCACCUGGAAGAAUCAUUAGAGCAUGUCAAGGACCUGAUCAAAGUUUCAGAGAUUGCAUCAGAGGAGAAAAUGAGGGUGACCCUAAAUGAUUUUAUCAAUCAAAGCAGGGCUUUCAUUACCACUGCUGAAAAGAAACCCAAAGGGUUGAACUACACUGCUUUGGACAAAAAGAGACUCAUGCUGUUCAAGCAAGAGCUGGAAGCAAUGUCCAGUGAUGCCAAGGGAAUUGUUCAGCAGCAGAAAAAGAAGAUGCCACUGGAUGAAAUGAUGCAAGAGACUCAGAGCUUUAUAGAUAAAAUCAGGUUCUUGGUUGAUGAGCCUCAGAACACAGUGCCUGAUGUGUUCAUCUGGAUGCUCAGCAGCAACAAGAGAGUUGCAUAUGCAAGAAUCCCAGCAAAAAACAUACUGUAUUCCCCAGUGAAAGAGCAAAGAGGCAAAGACUGUGGGAAAAUUAAAACACAUUUUCUGAAAUUACCAGGCAAGCGCCCGCUGGGUUGGAAUGUGCAGGCAAAGGUGGACAUUUACUUAUGGCUUGGACCUGCCAACUAUGCCCACAGCAUCAUGGAGAAUUUGCCUGUAGGAUAUGAGACUGAAUUACCAUCUAACACCAACUCAGGGCCCUCACCUGCCUGCCUGCUGUAUAAAACCCCACACCUCUUCCAGCUAAGAGCCCACAUGUAUCAGGCGAGAGGGCUCAUUGCAGCUGACAGCACUGGACUUUCUGAUCCUUUUGCAAAAGUUACUUUCACAUCACACUGCCAAACCACAAAGAUCAUUUCUCAAACAUUAUCCCCUACCUGGAAUCAGAUGCUGCUUUUCAACAGCAUUGUGCUGCAUGGUGACAGAGAGGAAAUUGCUGAGUUCCCGCCGGAGAUCGUCAUUGAGCUGUAUGAUGAUGAUGCAGUGGGUAAAGCAGAAUAUAUUGGGUCUACAGUGGCUGCCCCUGUGGUGAGACUAGCUGAUCAAAACUAUGAACCACCUAAACUUGCUUACCACCCUGUGUAUUGUGGAAAUCUUUCUGGAGGAGACCUUCUUGCUACAUUUGAACUUCUGGAGAUUCCUGAGUCAGAUCCAGAGAGACUUCCCCCACUGGAUCCACCAGAUUUUGGCCAGAUUUACCCAGUCCCAGCCAAUAUCCGACCUGUUUUAAGCAAGUACAGAGUGGAGGUCCUGUUCUGGGGUGUUCGAGAGCUGAAGAAAGUCCAGCUCCUCUCUGUAGAUCGCCCUCAAGUUCUCAUUGAAUGUGCGGGAAAAGGAGUGAAGUCCUCUGUCAUCCAGAGCUACAAGAAAAACCCCAAUUUCAGUGGCCUUGCAGACUGGUUUGAAGUGGAGCUGCCUGAAAAUGAACUUCUGCACCCACCACUAAGCAUCUGUGUUGUCGACUGGAGAGCAUUUGGAAGGAGCACUCUUGUUGGAACACACACCAUCAACUGCCUUAAGCAAUUCUUAUGUAAGACCCAGUCGGGUCCUCAAGCUGCACCAAACAGACUAGACAUUGUAGAAACUGAGAAAGCUUCAACUGAGUCAUCCCAGCAUACUGAGUUAUCCCAAGAAGAAACAUUUUUAGCUGAUCACAUUUAUGCUGAUGUGGAGCAGGGUAAAUGUACAGUAGUAGAACCAGACCCAUAUCUCACAACGCUUCCUGACCCUGAACCAGAGCACUUUGCCUCUGAUCCAGGGAAAGAGAGAAAACAGAAGGAUAUGAAAAAAUCCAUCCGACGGUCAACAAAGAGGAAAAAAAGAACAAUUGCAGAUGAAUCAGCUGAAAAUGUUAUUGACUGGUGGUCAAAAUACUAUGCUUCUGUACUCAAAAUGCAAAAGGUAAAAGGAAUUCUUUCCAGUGAGGGAAAAUCUGAAGACAAUCAGAAUUCUGACCACAUUGCAUUGAUCAUAGAAGAGGAGCCAGAUAAAAAGAAGAAGGAUAAGACAUUAAAAAAGAAACAGAAAGAAAUUCCAAACCUAGCAACACUGCAGAUUUAUGAAGGAGACUUGGAGAGUGAAUUUAAUAACUUUGAGGACUGGGUGAAAACUUUCCAGCUCCUAAGAGGAAAAUCUAAUGACGAAGUUCAUGCUGACUCUGAAGACAGAAUAAUAGGAAAAUUUAAGGGAGAUAAAAGACAGUGUAUUACCAGGGCUCCUUCUGCAUAUACCCAAGUCCUGAGGAUGGCAGCUUGCUGGAUGGAGGGCAGCUCCGCAUCCUGCAAGGGAUACCACCAAACCACUCCGUCAAAGUCCUCAUCAGGGUUUAUAUUGUGGCAGAUCUGCACCAAUAUUUUUGGGAAAGCUUUCCUGAAUCCUACAUGCACUUGUGCAGCCAGCUUCUUCCUCAGCACCACCUUUCCAGCUCACCUUUUUUCCAUCUUAAUGGCGUUUAACCUCAGCCCAGCUGAUCCAGAUGGGAAGUCAGAUCCCUACAUUGUGCUGAGACUGGGGAACACAGAAAUUAAAGACAGGGAAAACUACAUCCCCAAGCAGCUAAACCCAGUAUUUGGAAGAUCAUUUGAAAUCCAAGCUACAUUCCCCAAGGAUUCCUUGCUCACUGUCUUGAUCUAUGACCACGACUUUGUGGGAACAGAUGAUCUUAUUGGACAGACUAAAAUUGAUUUGGAAAAUCGUUUCUACAGCAGGCAUCGAGCUACCUGUGGGUUACAAAGUCAAUAUGAAAUAGAAGGGUAUAAUGCGUGGCGAGACACGACCAAGCCAAGCGAGAUCCUCACUAAGCUGUGUAAGGACUACAGAAUAAGUGGACCUUUCAUGCGGCCAGGGGAGAUACAAGUAGGAACAAAAGUCUUUAAGGGACAGACAGUCUUCACAGAAGAUGAGAAUGAGGAGACAGUUGAAUCGUAUGAACAUCUCUCCCUAAAGGUUUUACGUGCUUGGGAAGAUAUCCCUGGAGCUGGAUACAAACUAGUCCCAGAGCACAUUGAGACUCGACCUCUCUACCAUAAGGAUAAGCCAGGCAUGGAACAGGGUCGUGUACAGAUGUGGGUUGACAUGUUUCCUGAAGAUAUGCCUCUGCCAGGACCCCCAGUGGAUAUUUCACCAAGAAAACCCAAAGGCUAUGAACUGAGGGUAAUAAUCUGGAAUACAGAGGAUGUAAUUCUAGAAGAUGAAAAUAUCUUUACAGGGCAAAAAUCAAGUGACAUCUAUGUAAAAGGGUGGAUAAAGGGCCUGGAAGAGGACAAACAGGAGACAGAUGUACAUUACAACUCCUUGACAGGAGAGGGCAACUUCAACUGGCGCUUUGUGUUCCCAUUCUACUAUCUCCCAGCAGAGAAACAAAUGGUGGUCAGUAAAAGAGAAAACAUAUUUUCCUUGGAAAAGACAGAGCGCAAAAUACCUGCUGAGCUGGUGCUUCAGGUGUGGGACUUUGAAAGACUCUCUUCAGAUGAUUUCUUAGGCACUCUUGAACUGAACCUGAAUGGUUUCCCUCGAGCAGCAAAGACAGCCAAGAGCUGUGACCUAGGCAUGGUUGUGGAAGCAGGUGAAGAAAACAAGAUCUCCAUAUUUCAGCAGAAGCGUGUCAGAGGCUGGUGGCCUUUCAUCAAGGCUGGAGAGCUCACGGGCAAAGUGGAAGCUGAGUUUCACUUAGUCACAGCAGAAGAAGCUGAGAAGAAUCCAGUAGGCAAAGCUCGAAAGGAGCCUGACCCCUUGGAAAAACCCAACCGACCAGACACAUCCUUCUCUUGGUUCGUAAAUCCUUUCAAGUGUUUGUAUCACCUGAUCUGGAGAAACUACAAGAAGUACAUCAUCAUUGGCAUAAUUUUGCUUAUUCUCAUUGUCUUCCUGGUACUAUUCAUCUACACACUGCCAGGUGCGAUCAGUAAUAGGAUAGUUGUAGGAUGAGCAUAGAUUAUGGUUCUCAAUGUAACCAAUCAUAUACAAACACUCCAGUUAAAAUAAAAGUCAGGCAUACAGAAUUAAUCAACCUGAAACACAUCUCAUUCUUUGUAAAAUGAAAACUAUUCACAUCAGAAACUGGAGGUCUCUCAGAAUAUUUUAAGGUCUUCUUUGGCUGCUCUUUCAGACUCAACCUUAAUGUACAUUACCAUUAACAGAAUGCUGCAGCUUUAUUGACAAUAGCAGUUUGAUUCUGCACAUAAAACUAAGUUUGAAAGUAAAUUCCUUAAUGCUAUGCAGAAGCUGAUUUGUCAGUCAAGUAUUUAUUAUUACAGACAUGAUUAAAUACUAACAGCAAAAUCUGCACAAAGAUGAAUGUAUAGUUCGGUCUUUGCAUAGUCUUGUAACUGAUUAUUGGGACUGUUAUCCAAUGACAUUAUAAUGGCUUGAUUAUUUUGAGAGAAAAGCUUUAUUAAAAAAAAA